GCAUACUUUAAAUUUCACGAGGCCUGAACUUGCACGAUGUUGUGUGGAGGUUGAUAUCUCCAAUCUUCCUCCCCCUAAGAUUCUUAUUAGCCAUGGUGGUGAAGAGCUCAUCUUUCCUUUUUAUUUUGAACAUGUCCCAUCCUUUUGUAAUCAUUGUAAAAAUAUUGGCCAUGUCCAUGAUUCAUGCCCACGCUGGAAACCCUUCGAGGGUUUGGAUGGACAGAAUAUGGAUAAGGAGAAACAUGGGUCCAAAUCUUGUCUUUUGGAGGAGCGGGAUACUGGAUGGCAGGUUGUUCAACCCAAGAAAGGAAAGACUAAGAACAAUACUACAUGGACCUGGAGGGUCAAGGAACCUAGCAAUAAGGGACCAUGGUUGGAAGGGCCAGGGGAAUGUUCUAAAGUAAAUGACAAUAUGAAGGAUAUGGUUCCUGUUACUACAUCUCAACCCAGCUACAGCCCUGAGGCAACUCACACAUCUAAGAUUGAGGAUGUUCAAUCAUACUCUAUCACAUAUCCAACUAUUCUUUCAGCUUUUACUUUGCAGCUUCUCUUUGAUAACUCCAUUCGGAUCCCCUAUCAAGAAGAUUUUCUAGUUGAUGACAGCAUGGCUAUUAUCCCUUUUGAACAAAACCCUAUUGCUGUUGAAUUCCCUGCAGAGGUUUUUGAGGUUGAUGAUGUUGUUGAAGUUUUGACCCCUUCCAAAAAAGAUCAGAGAUUGAAGAAGUAUGUUACUCCAUCUCCUGAGAAUCUUGGACGUAGGCAUAAUAUGGUUACAAAGCAUAUGGCCUCAAACAGAUUCUCUAUCCUGGCAUCUAAAUGAUAGGUCUCUUUUGGAAUAUUCGUUGUGUACAUUCUUCCAUCUCUCGCCUUAUUUCUCUUCACAAAAAAUAUCAUUUUUAUUUUAUUUCCAUUUUGGAACCUUUGGUUGAUGGUGUUCACCUUGAUUAGUAUAAAAUGAAGCUGGUUUUCCUAA